AUGGAUUUAUCAAAUUUGUCAAAUACGUUGCCAACGCUGAAACCUUUGAUACGCAAGCCAGAAACAUCCGAACAAUCUGGGUCCGAUGACCCAUGUUCACAAUCAAGAACCAGUUCCCAAUCUAGCAUCUCAGAUUUGAACACUGACCUCACUACCCACUUUAAAGGUGCAGCAAAAGCUGUUGCGUCGCUAUAUAAUUCAUCUAUAAACCCACAACCUGGAAGCGUAGUCAAUGCUGCUCAAAAACAUGCUAUCAAGACUGAUUUUGCCAACGCUGCGAGAGCUGUUGCGGCAUUAUUCAAAUCUGGACAAGUAGCACAUUCUACAUCCCUUGAUAUGGGUUAUCUACAGUGUCUUGAUGAUCUACUACAAGUAAUCACCAAUGAUGAGGACGUUGAAAAUUGGGCGUUGACAAGGCGAGCGGAGAUAACAAAUGCUAAUCAUCCCUCAUCAUUAGAUGAGGCCAAGAUUCCGCAGGACUUUGUGUUUCUGUUUGAGCUGGAUAUGAAGCCACCGACAGCUUUCAGACCAAGUAUACCGCCGAUGUCCGUUCAACACAAUGCAUCCCAGAGAAAUGCCAUGAUAAAGAAAAAGAAGCUUCAGCAUUUGCACAAAAAGUUUUACUCUUCAGAAGAGUCUAGCGAAAGUGAGACGGACGAUUUGAAACGUGCUAAACUAUUUAAAGAGCACAGUACGAGUCCUUUGAAGAAGAAGAAAAGAAGAAGCAGUAAAGAGUAG